AUGUUGCGCGCAGCCAUUCUAGGACUGAUAUUCAUCGGCGAGAUCAGUGUGGGUACACCACCCCAACCGUUCACUGUAGUGUUUGACACUGGUUCGAGCUUUUUCUGGUUGCCUAGCUCAGAUUGCGUUGGGGGUUGUGAGCCGCAUUCUAAAUUUGAUGCCCGAAGAAGUCAAUCGUAUGAGGCAGAUCAUCCUCAUGAGUCGGAUGUUAACUUCAUUCAGUAUGGCACCGGUUCUUGUUUGCUUGAAUUCGGCAGAGACAGAGUGCAGAUCGGUGACAUCACGGUGAAGAAUCAAACCAUUGGCUUGAGUAUUCGAGAAAGUGUGGAGCCGUUUUCUUCCGUCCCGAUUGACGGUAUCUUUGGUUUGGGCUACGCUAGUGAGGGAAGUCGGUGGUAUGAUGCGUCGCCAAUAGAGAACAUGUAUCGUCAGCAGGUGGUCAAAAAACCGGUUGCAGUCUUUGACUUCCGGGCCCGGAAUGAGCGGUCGGAAAAGGAGGGGGAAUUGAAUGGCUGGAUGUACCUGGGGAGUUUCCCUCCGCACACCAGAGAUUGGAUGUGGUUUCCCUUGUCCUCACUGAGACAUUGGGAAGUCCCUCUGUCCACAAUAAAAGUAAACGGCCGUCCAGUUCCAGGACUGUGCGCGACCCCUCUGUCCGCGACCCCUCUGCCCGACUUAUCUGAUCAAGAAAUGAGCGAGCCUCGCCGCCAAGCACCCAAAGACGACGAUGUCAUAGCCCUGGACGCCUUAGACGUACGAACCGUGCCCAAGUCCUACUGCUCUGCCGCUAUAGACACAGGCAGUAGCUUAGUUACCGUGCCGUCGCGAGAGUUUAUGCACCUUGUCCACGCCCUCAAUAUUGACUCACCCCUACAACCGUGCCACUCCUUGCACCAUGAAAUAUCCUUCGUGCUAGAAGAUGUCGAUGGACAGUCCCACGAAUUCGCUAUAGGACCGCAAAAUUAUAUGAUCAACAUGAUGGAACAAUACGACCAUGUUCAACAUGACCAUCAAGACCGCCGCUCACAGGAGGAAAAAGAUGCACUGGAACACCGCCCAUACGACAGUGAUACAUGCGUCUUCGGUAUCAUGCCACUUCCGGUACCCAAUGACCGACCAUUGGUCGUUCUCGGCAUCAUGUUCCUCGAGAAUUUCCAUGUUGCCUUCGACUAUGGUAAGCUCGAGAUUCGACCGGAAAAUGUAUUUAACGCAGAACAGGGCAGGGUUGGACUGCAUCACAAAACCAGUGGGUCCUAA